AUGCCUCAUAGCCUGGCACGAGUCUGUUCUACGAGCAGCAUCGCAUCAUUCAGCAGCGCCAGCAACAGCGAUCGUCGCCCGUUCAUUCUGCCAAGCGCCUCGACGAGUCGUCUCUUUCUGUUUUCCUUUUCCGUCCUUAGCGUCUUCACAGAGAUUUACAGGGAUUUUGAUUACCAGCUGGCACUGGACCCUGAGAAGGAGGUUCGGCUCGAACCAGACGCCGAGGCUGUUGAGGAGAUUCUAGAAGAUGACGUGGAGGAUGCGGAGAAGAAACGCGAAACUACGCGGAAUGAGCGACGAGGGGAAGCGGAGACGGCAAGGGAGACUGGUGGGAGGGAAGGUGGAGAAGAGGAGGGGGAAGAGGAGGAAGGGGAGGAAGAGGAGGGUUGGGAAAGGGAGGAGCAUCUGACGAUCGGUGACAUCAUGAACCGAGCAAUCGCGGAGCAAGCAUUCCCGGGAGGAGCGGUGGCCUUUGGCUCAUUCGAGGGCCCUGUUUUCCACGCCCCCUUCGGCACAUAUACCUAUGAUUGCAACAGACCCAUCACCUCCGACUCUCUUUGGGACCUGGCCUCUCUCACCAAGAUCAUGGCCACUGUUCCUGCUGCAAUGAUCCUCUACGAGAAGGGUCUGCUGGACUUACAAGCCCCAGUGCAUCGAUACCUACCAGCAUUCGGAGCAAACGGCAAGCACGUGGUGACAAUAGAGAUGCUGCUGACUCACACCGCUGGGCUGAGGGAGUUCCACCCCUUCUUCUCCCUGCAGCUCUCCACUCGCCAGCAGGUGAUUGACUUUAUCAUGGCAGACCAUCUCUGGUACCCCCCUAUAGUCACAACUCGCUACAGCGACCUCUCCAUGAUCGUCCUCGCGCUCGUCAUCGAGCGAAUCACAGGCUGCCACCUCAGCACGUUCGUCCACCGGGAGAUCUUCAGCCGGCUGGGCAUGACUAGCACGGCGUUCCGACCAAUCCCAGGGCAGCAUGGCGGCGCGUUCCGACCAAUCGGGAAUGCAGGAGUUGAUCCCCAUGUGGUGCCCACAGAGGUGGACUCAUUGCAUCGCAAGAAGCUGCUGUGGGGGGAAGUGCACGACCCAACGGCAUGGAUCAUGGGGGGCGUGGCAGGCCAUGCAGGCCUCUUCUCAACCAUCAUUGAUGUCACCAAGUUCGCUCGCUGCAUGCUAGCAGGGGGCACGGACCCAACCACGGGGCAUCAGCUCGUGUCAUCGCGCACUCUUCGCCUCUUUACCACUCCGCCCCCUCCUUCUGACCACAACCCUCGACCCUUUGCCCUCGGGUGGGACGUGGCAAGCAGAAGGGGCAAGGAUGGGUACACAUCAGCGGGUAGAUUUAUGGGGCCGCGCACCUUUGGUCAUACGGGCUUUACUGGGACUUCAUUGUGGAUAGACCCAGAUCGCAACACUUUUGUGGCUCUGCUCUCCAAUGCCGUGCAUCCCUCCGUGGACACCCCAACGGCCCUCACUGUUCGCAACGUGCGCCCUCUUGUUGCCAAUGCUGCUGUCACCACGCUCGGUCAACUGGGCCUUCCCCGGCGCACUCUCACCUGGCACCUGGGCUCGCAGACAGGCACACAAACAGGCACACAGACUGGUGUCGAGACAGGCGCAGAGACAGGCACACAUAGAGGUGUUGAGAGUGGUGUUGAGGAUGGUGUUGAGAGUGGUGUUGAGGAUGGUGUUGAGGAUGGUGUUGAGGAUGGUGUUGAGGAUUCUCAAGGCAGGAGGGUGGGAGCAGCAGCACCAAGGGGAGCACAACCAAGGGGAGGCAGGCUGGCAGCAAAGCCAUCUCUGUCUCAGCACCACCAAGGGGAGGAGGGUCAGCACGGAGAACCGCUUUCCCCUCAGAAGGUGCGGGCUACCCAGCAGCAGACCCAGCAGUGCAGACAUGCCCUGCCACAGCCAUGCCGACCGGCUGUAGGUUGUGCAACAGCAGGGGCGUGCGAGACAGCAGGGGCGUGCGAGACUGCAGGGGCGUGCGAGACUGCAGGGGCGUGCGAGACUGCAGGGGCGUGCGAGACUGCAGGGGCGUGCGAGACUGCAGGGGCGUGCGAGGCAGCAGGGGCGUGCGAGGCAACAGGGGCGUGCGAGGCAAUAGAUGGGUUCGAAACUGGUUGCACAUGUGGUGGAGCAACAGAGACAUGCAUCCUAGAUGUGAGGCAGGUAGAUGUGAGGCAGGUAGAUGUGAGGCAGGUGGGGCAGGUGGAUGUGAGGCAGGUGAAGCAUGUGAGGCAGGUGGGGCAUGUGAGGCAGGUGGGGCAUGUGCGGCAAGAGGAAACACAGAUGAGCGUUGUAUCGGUCUAA